AUGAUUAGCCACUACGGCGUAGGAUCAGAACCACGGAACGUGAGCGAAAUCAUGCAAAGAAACCAAGCUCUGCGCCACCACGCAACAAGAAACCGAAAACCAUUGCCGCCGCCGGCCAUAAGACUAAGAGCCUGCAGGCUUCUUCUGCAGCUGCUCCUGCUGCUGCUGAUCUCCACCGCAGCGACAACCAGUGCAGCAGCAGCCGCCUUGUAUUCGUUAGGCCAUGGCGACGACGAGACAGCUCUUGUGGCUUUCAAGGCCAAGAUCUCCGGCGACUCUGGUGCGCUGGCCUCGUGGAACCAGAGCACCAGCUACUGCAGCUGGGAGGGCGUCACCUGCGGCAGGAGGCACCGGUGGAGGGUGGUAGCCCUGAACCUCACUUCUCAGGGGCUCACCGGCACCAUCUCCGCCGCUAUAGGCAACCUCACCUUCCUGCGCUUACUCGACCUGAGCUACAACAGCCUUCAGGGUGAGAUCCCUGGCAGCAUCGGCUCCCUCAGGCGCCUCCAACGCCUUCACCUGCGUGAAAACAUGCUCACCGGUGUCAUCCCGAGUAACAUCAGCCGCUGCAUCAGCCUCCGUGAGAUUAUCAUCCAAGACAACAAAGGCCUGCAGGGAAGCAUCCCAUCAGAGAUUGGAAACCUGCAGGCGCUCUCGGUUCUAGCACUGGACAACAACAGCAUUACAGGAGUCAUCCCGUCGUCUCUUGGCAACCUUUCCCGGCUGACCUACUUGUCCUUGCCAGUCAACUAUCUUGAGGGAUCAAUCCCUGCAGGCAUCGGGAACAAUCCGUAUCUCCGUUUGCUUCAGCUCUCCCUUAAUAAUCUCUCCGGGUUGCUCCCUCCUUCCCUGUUCAACCUAUCAUCUCUUUAUUACUUUUUUGCGGCUGGCAACCUGCUCCAUGGCAGUCUACCAUCUGACAUGGUGAAAAGCCUUCCGAGCAUCCAACAGCUUGGGAUUGGAGAAAACCAAUUUACUGGAGCUCUUCCGCCGUCGCUAACCAAUCUCUCCAGGCUCUGGUUUCUUGCCUUGGAACUUAAUAAUUUUAGUGGAGUUGUUCCUGCUGAAUUGGGAAGAUUGCAACAACUUGAAGUGCUUUCUCUGGAUUACAACAUCUUAGAAGCAAACAACGAGGAAGAGUGGAAAUUUAUUGGUUCUUUGGCGAAUUGUAGCAGAUUACAGCAACUGUCCUUUUCAGGGAACAGGUUUGCAGGAAAACUACCAGACUCGUUGGCUAAUCUGUCUACUAAUCUCCAGUGGCUGCAGAUUCAAAACAACAACAUAUCCGGUGUGAUGCCAUCAGAUAUUGGAAAUUUGGCAGGUCUUGAGAUGCUUGCUUUUGGCAAAAACUUUUUCACUGGGGUCAUUCCUAAAAGCAUCGGGAAGCUUACACGACUGCAGCAUCUAGGACUCAUUUCAAACUACCUCUCAGGACAUCUACCAUCCUCCAUCGGAAACCUUUCUAGUCUACUUCAACUUUAUCUAGCCAACAACAGCUUUGAGGGGCCAAUUCCACCAAGCAUUGGAAACUUGAGCAAACUUUUAGCACUAGAUCUGUCAAACAACAAGCUUACUGGAUUGAUUCCAAACGAAAUUCUGGAGUUGCCAUCGAUCUCAAGGUUUCUCGACCUGUCCAACAACAUGUUGGAGGGACUAGUUCCAUUAGAAGUCGGUAGUUUGGUACAUCUCGGACAGCUCAACCUGUCAGGAAACAAAUUGUCAGGUGAGAUACCUGAUACUUUUGGCAACUGCAGGGUCAUGGAAAUCCUCUUAAUGGAUGGCAAUUCAUUCCAAGGAAGCAUACCUGCUACGCUCAAGAACAUGGCAGGCUUGACUGUACUUGAUUUGACGGACAACAAACUGGAUGGAAGCAUCCCUAGCGACCUAGCUACCCUUACCAACCUACAGGAGUUGUAUCUUGCCCAUAACAAUUUAUCUGGACCAAUACCAGAGCUUUUAGGUAAUUCCACAUCAUUGCUACGCCUGGAUCUGUCCUACAACAAUUUGCAAGGUGAAAUACCAAAAGAAGGAGUUUUCAAAAAUCUGACUGGACUAUCAAUUGUUGGUAACAAUGCGUUAUGCGGGGGCAUACCACAGCUCCAUCUGCAAAAAUGCCCAAGCUCUUAUGCAAGAAAGAGUAGGAAAGGUGUACCCAAGUUUCUCAGAAUAGCAAUCCCAACAGGAGGAAGUCUCAUCUUACUUUUUCUUGUCUGGGCUGGAUAUCACCACAGAAAGUCCAAGACAGUACCGAAGAAAGAUUUGCUACCACAAUUUGCAGAGAUAGAGCUUCCAAUAUUUCCAUACAACGAUAUACUGAAUGGAACAGAUGGAUUUUCAGAAGCAAAUGUGCUUGGAAAGGGAAGAUAUGGUACAGUAUACAAGGGCACACUAGAAAAUCAAGCCAUUGUUGUCGCCGUUAAGGUGUUUAAUGUCCAGCAAUCAGGGUCCUACAAAAGCUUCCAAGCUGAAUGUGAGGCACUAAGAAGAGUGAGACAUCGAUGCCUUCUCAAGAUCAUUACAUGUUGUUCUAGCAUCAACCACCAGGGUCAAGACUUCAGAGCACUAGUCUUUGAGUUCAUGGCUAAUGGCAGCUUAGAUAGAUGGAUCCACUCAAAUUUAGAAGGCCAAAAUGGACAAGAAGCACUCAGUCUGUCACAGAGGUUGAAUAUCGUUGUGGACAUUGUGGAUGCUUUGGACUAUCUUCACAACGGUUGCCAGCCAUCAAUCAUCCAUUGUGAUCUCAAGCCAAGUAACAUUCUUCUCAAUCAGGACAUGAGAGCUCGUGUUGGAGAUUUUGGCAUUGCUAGAGUUCUAGAUGAAGAAACAAGCAAACAUCCUGUGAAUUCCAGUAGCACCAUAGGAAUAAGAGGUUCCAUUGGAUAUAUUGCUCCAGAAUAUGGAGAAGGGCUUACAGUGUCAACUUCUGGAGAUGUGUUUAGUCUUGGCAUCACUUUGAUCGAGAUGUUCACAGGGAAGAGCCCGACAAAUGAUAUGUUUAGAGAUGGGAUGAGCUUGCAUUAUUAUGCCAAGGCAGCUCUUCCUCACAAGGUUAUGGAGAUAGCAGAUUCUAACAUCUGGCUGCAUGAUGGAGUAAACAACAGCAAUGAUACAAGACAUAUAACAAGAAUCAGGGAAUGUUUGUCGGCUGUCAUUCAGCUUGGUGUCCUUUGUUCAAAGCAAUUGCCCACGGAGCGAUUGUCAACGAAUGAUGCUGCUGCAGAGAUGUAUGCUAUCAGAGAUAAAUAUAUUUUUACUCAAUAA